AAUUGAUCAUUUACUGCUAAACAGUCGAUGCGUGAACCGUGCCAAUAACCUGGCAGUGACGUCUACGCUCCAUUCGAUGCGGAGCGGUCGUAAAUAUCGGCUGGGCUUGAUUUCAUGAAGAACGAACUGAUGUAUGGAAGGACACGAUCUCCCCUCAAUAUUAAGUCAAAGACAUCUUCUUUAUUGAAGGAAAGACCCACUACAUCAACAACGUCGAAAGUAGCAUAUUUUAAGAGGAAAUAUGCGGAAGAAGAGGAUUUACAGAAAGAUUACCAUGGGUAUUUUCAGAAACACCUGAUACUCCCAGAGGACCGCACCUGCAUCCUCAGGCUCUCUCUCCAGAAGCUGAGGUUCCUUGAGGAUCCAGAGGCUUACCUUCGAAGGUCGGUACUAAUUAACAAUUUACUACGAAAGAUCCACCAUGAAAGUACGAAAGAAGACUGCGAGUGCUACGACAGGGCCUCUGACACGAGGAAGCGCUUCAAAAUGAUGGCAGCCAACUGCUGUCCCCAGCCUUUUUAUUUGGAAGAGUUGGGAAUGGUGCCUUAUGGGUGCAGGUUGGACUUCCCAGGUGGCCCACAGGGCUCAAGUUCCCAGCUACUUAUGUAUCAAAUAGAUGAUAAUGGCUAG